AUGGUGGACAGCAGUACAAGUCCAGCCGUGUCAUGUCCAGCAGCGCCAAGAGGAGCCGUUCGAUUCUAGCGAUGGUGGUGGUGCUGGUGCUGGCCGGAUUCAUCACGGCCAUCCACGGCUGGAAGGUGCAGAUAGUGCCGAAAACGACUAGUGUCAAGUACGUCGUUCCAGUGGUGACGUCUUUCACGACAGUCCCGUCGACUUGUUACGUCGCAGUCAACGUGACGGGCGGCUGCCGGAGACGGCGCUCGCUGGAAGAGAAACCCGACGUCAUCCAGCUGGAUGAUGACAUACUCCCCACUUUGCCAAGGCUGGAAGCGUCUGCCAUCGCCCAGAGUCAUUCAAUGGCGCCAUCCAUCGAGGCGAGUGUCGAAAAUGUGUCGGAUGAGACAUUUCAUCCGGAAUCCAAAAGAGGAUUGACAUUCACCGUCCGGCCGCUGGAUUUCACCCGAAAAAUCACCAGAGGCUACACGAAAAUCAACCGCUGGAUCAGCGACAACCGUCCGCACUUCGGAUUGACUUACGUCGACUUCCAAACGGUCACCUUGACCCGGACGACCGUUUCCACCGUGACCGACGGCCAGAAAUCCUUCGCCGUUGUCGGCUGUCUCCCUUCCGGAUUCGCCUACACCCCUUGCUAAAUUAUUAUUCACAAAAUUAUUAUUUCUAAUUUAUUCAAAAAUUAAAAUUCUGAUUAUUUAAAUACACACACAAAUUAGC